UGCCUGGAGCUUGGUGUUGGCUCAGGCGCUUCUGGCCCAGGAGGGAUGGAGAGCAGUGUCCACCUGAGUGGGCUGCUGAGCCGCCACGACGAUGAGGCCACCAGGACGUCCACCUCCGAGGGGCUGGAGGAGGGGGAGGUGGAGGGCGAGACCCUCCUUAUCGUGGAGUCGGAGGACCAGGCCUCGGUGGACUUGUCGCAUGACCAGAGCGGGGACUCCCUCAACAGUGACGAGGGCGAUGUGUCGUGGCUGGAGGAGCAGCUGUCCUACUUCUGCGACAAGUGCCAAAAAUGGAUACCAGCCAGUCAGCUGAGGGAACAGCUCAGUUACCUUAAGGGAGAUAACUUUUUUAGGUUUACUUGUUCCGACUGCUCAGCGGAUGGCAAGGAGCAGUACGAGCGGCUGAAACUGACAUGGCAGCAGGUUGUCAUGUUGGCCAUGUACAACUUGUCCCUGGAAGGCAGUGGGCGUCAGGGCUACUUCCGGUGGAAAGAGGACAUCUGCGCUUUCAUCGAGAAGCACUGGGCCUUCUUGCUGGGGAACAGGAAGAAGACUUCCACUUGGUGGAGCACUGUGGCAGGCUGCCUGAGCGUGGGGAGUCCCAUGUACUUCCGCUCAGGGGCACAGGAGUUCGGGGAGCCAGGCUGGUGGAGACUGGUACAUAACAAGCCGCCCACCCUGAAGCCAGAAGGGGAGAAGCUGUCUGGCUCCACGCUGAAGGCCAAAGCCUCAAAGCCCACCCUGGACCCCAUCAUCACUGUAGAGGGCCUUCGGAAACGGGCCAGCCGGAACCCUGUGGAGUCUGCCAUGGAGCUGAAGGAGAAGCGGUCCCGCACGCAGGAGGCGAAGGACAUCCGGCGGGCCCAGAAGGAGGCAGCCGGCUUUCUGGAUCGCAGCCCUGCGUCCACACCUGUGAAGUUCUCCAGCCGGGCCCGCCGGCCAGAUGCGGUCCUUGAGCGGGGUGAGGUGAUCGACUUUGCAUCACUGAGCUCCUCAGACCGCACCCCGCUGACCAGCCCCUCCCCAUCACCCUCGCUGGACUUCUCUGCACCUGGGACACCGGCGUCACACUCGGCCACGCCGAGCCUGCUGUCGGAGGCCGACCUGAUCCCCGAUGCCAUGCCCCCGCAGGCACUGUUCCAUGAUGAUGAUGAGCUGGACGGUGAUGGCGACAUUGACCCAGGAGUGGAGGACCCGCCACCGUCCCUGGGGCCCGUGGCUUCAGGGCUGGGGACCGGAGGCAGGAAGAAGGUCAGAGCCCCCGAGCACAUCAAGCAGGAGGUGGACAGUGAGGAGGAGAAACCAGACAGGGCAGAUCUGGACAGCGAGGACACAGACUCCAGUGCGUCCCUGCAGACCCGGGCGCGGGACAAGAGGAGGCCGCCCCUGCAGAAGGAUGCAAGGCCACAGGGGCCCCGGUACACGCCUGCCAGCAUCUACGAGGAAAAGCUGCUGCUGCGCAGGCUGGAGGCCUGUCCCAGUGCCGUGGCCAUGACGCCUGAGGCACGCAGGCUGAAGCGCAAGCUAAUUGUCAGGCAGGCCAAGAGGGACCGGGGGCUGCCCCUCUUCGACCUGGACCAGGUGGUCAAUGCUGCCCUUUUGCUAGUCGAUGGGAUCUAUGGAGCCAAAGAGGGAGGGGUGUCCCGGCUUCCAGCUGGACAGGCCACCUACCGGACCACCUGCCAGGACUUCCGAAUCCUUGACCGCUACCAGACAGCCUUGCCAUCCAGGAAGGGAUUUCGACACCAGACCAGCAAGUUUUUGUAUCGCCUGGUGGGCUCAGAAGACCUGGCUGUGGACCAGAGCAUUGUCAGUCCCUACACUUCCCGGAUCCUAAAGCCCUACAUCAGGCGUGAUUAUGAGACAAAACCACCCAAACUACAGCUUCUGUCCCAGAUUCGUUCCUACCUGCACAGAGGUGACCCUCACUGGAUAUCCGAGCCCGACGCACCUCUUGAUUACUGCUAUGUCCGGCCAAAUCACAUCCCAACGAUCAACUCGAUGUGUCAGGAGUUUUUCUGGCCUGGCAUUGACCUGUCUGAGUGCCUGCAGUAUCCCGACUUCAGUGUGGUCGUCCUCUAUAAGAAAGUCAUCAUCGCCUUCGGCUUCAUGGUUCCCGAUGUGAAAUACAAUGAGGCUUACAUUUCAUUUCUGCUUGUCCACCCGGAAUGGAGACGAGCAGGGAUCGCAACUUUCAUGAUCUAUCACCUGAUUCAGACCUGCAUGGGCAAAGACGUGACCCUCCACGUCUCAGCGAGCAACCCCGCCAUGCUGCUGUACCAGAAGUUUGGGUUCAAGACAGAGGAGUAUGUUCUGGACUUUUAUGAUAAGUACUACCCACUGGAGAGCACAGAGUGUAAGCAUGCCUUCUUCCUGCGGCUCCGGCGCUGAUGGCAGGGUGCUCUUUGCCGAGAAUUGUGUGUCUGUUAGGGGUCUGGUCUUUGUGAGGACCCACAGGUGACAACCAUGCCCUGUGGAUACAGCCCCUGCUGGCAGCAGGGUGGCCCUUUUACUGUCACCACAGUCCUCUCUGGAGUGGCCGUAGCCAGCCAUGGGUCUUCUCUGUCAGCUCUGCUGCUGCUGUCCCCAGUGGGUGGCUUGUAGGAGUGGAACCCCCUGAGCUGCUGCUCUCUCGGAGAGAGCCCUCUUGUCCCAACCCAGGGUGAAAGCAGUGACCAGGAAGCUCUGCACUGCCCCAGUGACAGACUGGGACAAUUCUGGGACAAUUCCAGCUGACCUGUUUCCAGCUGGUGGUGUGCUGUCACUGAAUCCAGGAGGACUUCCAGGGUCCCCGAAGUUUUGUGUCUCUUUUGCUGACCUUGGUCACAGCCUGGAAGAAUAAAUGUCUGUAUUGCUUUUCCUGUCAGUGUCCUUAACUUGGCCUUGGCAAGGAGCCAACAGUCCCAUUCUCCCUGCACUGGGAAGCUCGCUGCCAAUUCCAUCCCUGCCCCAACAGGAGGACUGGGUUCCAUCCCUUCUCAGCCGGAGGGCUGCUGCAGAGCAGGGCUGGAGCUGAGCAGGUCUGGGUGGGGCAGUUGAGAGGAGGCCAUGGCCACAGUGGCCCUGUCUGCUUCAUUAAGAGCCAUGGGUUGCAGAGCUGGAGGAGCCUGUGCACCCUGCAGAAAGCCACCAGUGUUUGUGUUCUGUGCCCACAGCCGCUUAGCUGGGAGGGUGAGGGUUGUCCUAUCAGCUGGUGGCAGCCUGGGCCCCGGGUCCCUUGUGUGAGAAUCGCAGCAGCACCAUCCCUGUCUUUUUGCUUCUUCCUCCUUCUUCCUCCACGUUUCCUGCCUUGUCAAGGUUUUUGUUGAUGAAGUGAAUUGUUAGUCCCAUGAAAUAAAAUCAAAAGCCAGAAAACUA